UCUCAAAGGAAAGACCCACCACAACAAACCAUCAGUCCUUGGAGAGCUAAGAUAUCCACCGAUUUGUGAAUUAAAUGUGGCCACAAAACUGCUCCAAUAUUUACUGUUUGUUGUGUUAGUUGUGACGAAAAAAACUUUGGAAUCAUGAUCAAGUUAUUUUCCAUGAAAAACCAGAAGAAAGAUGGAAGCGAAGCACCGAAACAGGGAACACAGAAGAGAGCUUCCGCGGCCCAACUCAGAAUUACUAAAGAUAUCAAUGAGCUGACGUUACCAAAAACAUGCGACACAGAAUUCACAGAUCCUGACGAUCUCUUGAAUUUUAAACUAAUCAUAUGUCCAGAUGAGGGCUUCUACAGAGGAGGGCGUUUUGUUUUCAGUUUUAAGGUCGGUCCCAACUAUCCCCAUGAGCCACCCAAAGUCAAGUGUGAAACCAUGGUUUACCACCCCAACAUAGACUUAGAAGGGAAUGUAUGCCUUAACAUUUUACGUGAGGAUUGGAAGCCUGUCCUUACCAUUAAUUCCAUUGUCUAUGGACUCCAGUAUCUGUUCCUUGAGCCCAAUCCAGAGGAUCCAUUGAAUAAGGAAGCUGCAGAAGUUUUGCAGAACAAUCGGCGGCUAUUUGAACAGAAUGUAACGAGGAGUAUGAAGGGAGGUUAUAUCGGGAAUGUUUACUUUGAUCGCUGCCUUAAGUGACAUGUGACACUAAUUACACAAUUCUUAAACCUACCAUUGGGGUUGGGACGUGUAGUGUUCAAGCAACAAAAGAUAUAGUGGCUAUGUUAUUUUAUACAAUGGAGUUAUUUAACUGGCUUGCAGAUACAGCUUUUUAUAUGGUUACUGUGGUAAGAUUUGAGCAGGUUCUAAAGGCAGCAUCAGCAGUGCACCAACAGCAACCUUUGAAGGUAAAUGGGUUCACUUAGAAUCGUGGUGCUGUCUCUGCCAAUUUCCAUUUCCCCUCUGCAGCUUUCAUUCACCCAACCAUGGACCUGCCACAAUGACAGGAAUUAGACAUUCAGUUGUUUCUCUCAAGUGUUGUUGAACCUUUGCAGUGUGUUGAAAGUAUUCCGUUCAUUAGUCUUUUGAAAAAUGAUAUAUCCUUUGCAAAUUAAAUUUGCAAAUAUUGUAAUGCUAAUACAAGUACCUAGAUUGUGAGGACUUUGUGUGAAAAUAGUUAUCCUUUUAAAACUACACCUUUCAAGUGACACUGUGGUGAUGAAACUGUGCUGUUCCACAUUUUCAACAUCAAGGAUAGUCGUGCAGGAAGGAAUUUUUAACCUCUUUGAGUAAACAGCCUAUUCAGCCGAUUCUUUGCCUCUCACGCUUUUAAGGUCAUACAGUACAGUAAUUGGAAGUAGAUAGGUGAAUGUGUCUUGAUGUCAUCAAAGCUCUUCUGUUUAAUACCUCAUGGAAAGAUAAGUUUACUUUUAUCAGUAAAGAAAUAGUCAUUAAGUACUUUGGCAUAUUGCCCAUUACCGUCACAUUAAAUGGUCGCUGCAUCAUAAUGUACAGUAGGGAUAGAAUAUUGUCCAGUCUUGCACAAUACCCACACACUUCAUAGAUGCCUCUGGAUAUAACCUUUGGGGAUUGGAAGAAGUAACUGAUGUUUCAAAAGGGAGGGAAUAGUAUACAUUCUCUCUUCUUUAGUUUAGUGAGUAGAGCUUUUGAUUUUAUGCUUUUCAUUCAGAAUUUUAUGGAGUCUUGUCUUGCCCAUGGAAAUUUUGAGUCUCACUGGCAUUAAUGUAACAGCAAAUGUUUCUUAACAAUAAACCUUGGAAAUUAUUAUUAUUAUUUAUUUUUUUUAUAGUAGGUGAUAAAGUUUGUCCUGAUUACCUUCAGUGUUCUCUCUCUCUCUUCAGAUUUGUUGCACGUUUUAAAUGAGUCAGGGUGCAUUUGUUCUUUUUUGUACUGUUAAGUUCUUCAUUGUUUGAGGAAGAUGCCUCUAGACACCUAACUCACUGCUCUACUUUCUAUUUUAUUAGUGUACAAAUGUUUUUCCCCUUUGUAGGCUUUUUGAUUAGUGUUCUCCUCAGAUUUGCUCUAUAAAAUUCUCUCUCUCUCUCUCACAAACACACACACACACACACUGUGGCUAUCUUUUUCCCUUGCUCUCCUGUGUAUUGAAUUUAUUGUCAUCCCAAGAGAGAUUUAUCCUGCUCUUUCCUUUCAUUACUGUUUCUUUUGUGCCCUUUUAUUGUUAAGGGUUGCUGGGGGGUUGAAGGCUAUAACAGGCUUCUUCCCCCUCACAAAUUAAUUUUCUCAUGUUGUCAGGAUUCUAAUGGUACCUUGUUUUCCCUCUUAUGUAUGUGUUUGCGUGUGAGGGAUGUCCUGUCCCCUGUAACAUUUAGUCUUGUCAUCUUGCUCUCUCAAGAUCCAUUUCUUUGUACAUGAGGGUCUCGUUAUGUUAGUUUUCUCUCCCACUAAUAAAAUUUCCUUUAUGCGAGGGUGUUCCAUCAUUUCCCUUCACAUUUCUCUUUCAUAGUUCUCUCCCUUUAUUGGCAAUCUGGUUAAUAUUUUUAAGAACUCUGGGGAAUAUCCUUAUUCUGUGGAAUUUAAUAUUUUAGGUUGAACCCUCUGAUGUCCAUAAUUUGUCAGUUACAGAGAGUUUAUGAUGUUGCUUUUGUUAAGAACUGAAUCGAAAUUUAUCGAGUUCAUAGAUUAUAUUGUCUCCUACUGUAUUUCAGAAUUCAAGAUUUAUUUAGUACAACCUUGUGGACAGAGAAUGUCUACCUGUUGUAGGUUAAUUUUAUUUUAGUGAUCAGGUGCUUAAUUCAUUCUAAUAAAAAUUUUAUACUGUACUUAUUUUCAUCCUGUACAUGUGAUAACAAAUGAAAAAUGAAAUGACUUGCUUAUGGGAAGCAAAUGACUGUUGUAAUGCAAGAUUUGAUAUUUUUUCUUUUUAUGUUACAGUGAAAUUAACCAAAUCUUAUAUCAUGGUAUUUGAUGGAUAUUCCUGUAAAGCAAAUAAAGAAGUGAAGUAUA